AUGCCUAGGUCAGAGUCACACCACAAGUUGCAUGAGUGUCUCCGAACUUCUCCGCAACCACUUUCCACUGCCUCAAAGCGGUCUGACUGCACAGGAAUAACACCGAUGAUUCAAUCAAAAGAGGACUUAUUGAUAUUCGGGGUUCCUCUUUCGUCCAUGGGAAAACUUUUCACGACCAAAAGAGGGCGCGAACUAUCCUUCUCGAACCAGGGUUGGAUCACAACAGCGGAAUCGGUCGAUGAGCGUAAAGAUAGAAGGAAACGAUGCGCAUCAGCCAUCGAAGGAAUAAAUUUAGGAUUAGACACUGCAUCGAUGCCGAGACUGACAAGCAUCACGACUCAUCACUCACAUGCUGAUGACACGGAAAUGACAGCUUGGUUCGCUCCCGUCCAGAUCAGAUAG